CGGAACUUCAUUCUCUCGAGUAAAGUGUUGAAGAACGGUCGCAAGUUGUCGGUUCGGUCGGACGUUUGGCAGGAUGGCAAAGAGGGAACACGACAAUGGCGCUGUCGGUAGCAGUUUUUCUAGCGGAAAACGUUUGAAGAGGUCGACUAAAAUGAAACAACAGAUCGAGACUCUAUCAGAAGAUUUGACGGAGCAACAAGCAAUUAAUAACUCCUUGCUUGAGAAGCUUAAACGGGCUCUUAAACAAAAGAAAUCUUUGAGGAACAGGUUAUCAACAGUUGAGAAAAAACAAUCAGAAGAAUUCAUGGGCGAUUUCGAUGAAUACGCGGGCCCUUCUAGUACGAGAUAUUCAUCACAAGGACCUGAAGAAUCCCGCUUCAUGGCUUCGAUGGCACAGUUGUCUAUAUCUUCAGUCAACGUUCCUGAAUGCAAACCAUCAGAGGAGGAUGACGAAAUACAUCGACAUGCAUAUGAGGCGUGGAAGGAUUUGCUUCUUGACACUAUGAAGCUGGCCGGUAUCAACGACGAACAUACUCAGUUCAUGGUUUUUAAAGUAAAGGCAGGUCAACGUUUGCUAGACAUAUUCAGGAACACAAAAUCUAGUGACGAUACUCCAGAUUCUUCAAUGUAUCCAUUUUCGAAUGCCCUAUAUCGAUUGAAGUCCUACUUCGGUUCUGGCUCUGAUGUCAUGCUCCAACGGCGCAAAUUGGCAUUGAUGAUGCAAAAAACCAAACGAAUCAGAUCUUAAGUUCAUUACAAGAGUCGGAGCAACGGCCCGUUUAUGCGAGUUCAACGAAGGUAAAGAAUUCGAAGAAAUAGUUAACGCGAUAGCACAACAUGCUAGAUGUAAGGACGUACGAUCAUCAGCUUUAAAAAUGUUGAAUCGAGGAGCUACUUUCACCGAUCUGGUAGAUAAAGUUCGUGAAUUGGAAGCGAUUCGUCUUAACGAAGAAUUUGUAUGCCAGGGAUAUAUGAAACAGAAAACGGCAGUUCUUGCCCCGAUAUCGACGAAUCGUUUUAUACCAGGAAAUCAAAAGAAAAAGAACCAAAUGGGUGAUUGGCGUGCAAUACGAAAUCGAAAUACUGCGAAUAAAUUCGGUGCCAUCCGUGCUGAGAAAUGCUGGAGAUGCAACAGCUACUCGCAUGCAGCAUCUGUUUGCAACGCGGCGAAUAAGGAGUGCAGAAACUGCGGACGCGUGGGACAUAUACAACGUGCUUGUCGUGAUUCUGUUGUAUCUCCUAACGAACUGUCUAAUCGUAGAACUAUAACACCGAAAAAGGAUCCAAACAAAAUUGCGGUCGUCGAAAAAAUUGAUAACGAUGCGGAUAAAGAAGAACAUGUUACAAUUGAACACUCUUCCCGAAAAUCUCAAACCACUAUCGCAAUGAAAAACACCUCUGUGGAUGAUGGAAUUAUCGCUGCGAAAGUUGCCGGCAUGGAAUGCCAGUUCCUUAUAGACUCCGGAGCACAAGUCAAUACAUUUGUUGAAGAAGACUUUCAAAAGUUGAUUAACGAACCAUUAUAUGUGAGUGGUGUACAUAAUUUGAUAUACAGGAGUGAUAUCCCGUUAAGGGGGUAUGCGUCCAAAGGUCAAAUAAUGGUAUCUGCAACGUUUGAAGCUGUGCUGUAUAUUUCUGAUGAUAGACCUUCAUUACUGGAGAAAUACUUCGUAGUAAAGGAAUCAAGGUCACUGCUAAGCAGACAGACAGCUAUCAAGUAUAGUGUCUUACAACUCGGACUGAAGGUUCCUCUAUCAUCGGGCUUGCAUGGAAAACAAGUGCGCCUUCUAGCAGGGGAAAUUGCAUCAAUUCAAGCUGAACAACUAUUCCCCAAGUUUAAUAUUCCUCAUGUUAGAAUCAAUUAUGAUAGAUCUAAGCCACCAUGUAGGAACAUUUUCACAAAUAUCCCUUGUGCAAUGAAGGCAUUAGUCGAGCGUAGGUUGCAGCAGUUAGUUUCUUCGGGUAUCAUCGAGCCAGUAUCGGAAGGAAUGGAUGUUUCUUUCUGCUCCUCAAUGCUUGUCGUUCCAAAAGGCAAGGAAGAUAUUAGAUUAGUUAUUGACUUACGAGGUCCAAAUCGUUAUAUUUUGAGAACACCAUUCAAUAUGCCAACGUUGGAGAAAAUUCUCGUCGAGCUAAAUGGAGCUUGCUGGUUUUCAACAAUCGAUAUUGCGCACGCGUUUUACCACAUAGAGUUGGAGGAAAAUUGUCGCCAUCUGACGAAUUUCUUCACAGAAUUUGGUAUGUUUCGUUGUGUCAGACUUCCUUUCGGGCUCUGCAAUGCACCAGAUAUCUUCCAAGAGGUUUUACAACGACAAAUUCUUGGCAACUGUCCUGGAGUUAAGAACUACCUCGAUGAUAUUUUAGUAUACGGGAAAUCCAAGGAAGAACACGAUAUUAACCUUUUAGAUAUGACGAUAAAUUUAUUUACAAUAUAUUUCAGUAGUGUAGAGGCGGGGGAUAAUGUAGGAGAUGUGACGAAGACAAUUGAGGAAAUUAUUGAAUGAUAAAAAAAAGAAAUAAAUAU